AGGACAGAAUGACCGAGAACAUGAAGGAGUGCUUGGCCCAGACCAAUGCAGCCGUGGGGGAUAUGGUGACGGUGGUGAAGACGGAGGUCUGCUCACCACUCCGAGACCAGGAGUAUGGCCAGCCCUGCUCUAGAAGACCGGACUCCUCGGCCAUGGAAGUUGAGCCCAAGAAACUGAAGGGGAAGCGUGACCUCAUCAUGCCUAAAAGCUUCCAGCAAGUGGACUUCUGGUUCUGUGAGUCCUGCCAGGAGUACUUCGUGGAUGAAUGCCCAAACCAUGGCCCCCCAGUGUUUGUGUCUGACACACCGGUGCCCGUGGGCAUCCCAGACCGGGCAGCGCUCACCAUCCCACAGGGCAUGGAGGUGGUCAAGGACACUAGCGGAGAGAGUGACGUGCGAUGUAUCAACGAGGUCAUCCCCAAGGGCCACAUCUUUGGACCCUACGAGGGGCAGAUCUCCACCCAGGACAAAUCAGCUGGCUUCUUCUCCUGGCUGAUUGUGGACAAGAACAACCGCUAUAAGUCCAUAGAUGGCUCAGACGAGACCAAAGCCAACUGGAUGAGGUACGUGGUCAUCUCUCGGGAGGAGAGGGAGCAGAACCUGCUGGCGUUCCAGCACAGUGAGCGCAUCUACUUCCGGGCAUGCAGGGACAUCCGGCCUGGGGAGUGGCUGCGGGUCUGGUACAGCGAGGACUACAUGAAGCGCCUGCACAGCAUGUCCCAGGAAACCAUCCACCGCAACCUGGCCAGAGGAGAGAAGAGGUUGCAGAGGGAGAAGUCUGAGCAGGCUCUGGAUAACCCAGAAGACCUGAGGGGUCCCAUUCAUCUCCCUGUGCUGAGACAGGGCAAAAGUCCCUACAAGCGUGGCUUUGAUGAGGGGGACGUACACCCCCAAGCCAAGAAGAAGAAAAUUGACCUGAUUUUCAAGGAUGUUCUAGAGGCCUCACUGGAAUCUGCAAAGGUGGAAGCCCACCAGUUGGCCCUGAGCACCUCACUGGUCAUCAGGAAAGUCCCCAAGUACCAGGAUGACGCCUACAGUCGGUGUGCAACAACCAUGACCCAUGGUGUGCAGAAUAUAGGCCGGACCCAGGGGGAGGGGGACCGGAAGGUCCCCCAGGGGGUCUCUAAGGAGCCAGGCCAAUUGGAGGAUGAAGAAGAGGAGCCUUCAUCAUUCAAGGCUGACAGUCCUGCCGAGGCCUCCCUUGCAUCUGACCCUCAUGAACUUCCCACCACCUCUUUUUGCCCUAACUGUAUUCGCCUAAAGAAGAAGGUUCGGGAGCUCCAGGCAGAAUUAGACAUGCUUAAGUCUGGGAAACUUCCUGAGCCCCCCGUAUUGCCACCACAGGUACUGGAGCUCCCAGAGUUCUCGGACCCUGCAGCCUCAGAGAGCAUGGUCUCCGGCCCCGCCAUCAUGGAGGACGAUGACCAGGAAGUCGAUUCAGCAGAUGAAUCUGUCUCCAACGAUAUGAUGACUGCGACAGAUGAGCCCUCCAAGAUGUCAUCGGCCACCGGGCGCCGAAUCCGGCGCUUUAAGCAGGAAUGGCUGAAGAAGUUCUGGUUCCUGCGGUACUCCCCAACCCUCAAUGAGAUGUGGUGUCACGUCUGCCGCCAGUACACGGUGCAGUCCUCACGCACCUCAGCCUUCAUCAUCGGCUCCAAACAGUUUAAGAUUCACACCAUCAAACUGCACAGCCAGAGCAACCUGCACAAGAAGUGCCUGCAGCUGUACAAGCUCCGCAUGCACCCGGAGAAGACAGAGGAGAUGUGUCGCAACAUGACCCUGCUCUUCAACACCGCCUACCACCUGGCCCUGGAGGGCAGGCCCUACCUGGACUUCAGGCCCCUGGCAGAGCUGCUGAGGAAGUGUGAGCUCAAGGUGGUGGACCAGUACAUGAAUGAGGGAGACUGCCAGAUCCUCAUCCAUCACAUCGCCCGGGCCCUGCGGGAAGACCUGGUGGAGCGCAUCCGCCAGUCACCUUGCCUCAGCAUCAUCCUGGAUGGGCAGAGCGAUGAUCUGCUGGCCGACACGGUGGCUGUCUAUGUUCAGUACACCAGCAGCGACGGGCCCCCGGCCACAGAGUUCCUGUCCCUGCAGGAGCUGGGGUUCACUAGCACAGAAAGCUAUCUCCAGGCACUUGACCGGGCCUUCUCGGCCUUGGGCAUCCGGUUGCAGGAUGAAAAGCCAACCGUUGGCUUGGGUGUAGAUGGAGCCAACAUCACAGCCAGCCUCCGUGCCAGCAUGUUCAUGACCAUCCGCAAGACGCUGCCCUGGCUGCUGUGCCUGCCCUUCAUGGUGCACCGGCCCCACCUGGAGAUCCUGGAUGCCAUCAGUGGGAAGGAGCUCCCAUGCCUGGAGGAGCUAGAGAACAACCUGAAGCAGCUGCUGAGCUUCUACCGCUACUCGCCGCGCCUCAUGUGCGAGCUGCGGUCCACAGCGGCCACACUCUGUGAGGAGACGGAGUUCCUAGGGGAUAUCCGCGCAGUGCGCUGGAUCAUCGGUGAGCAGAACGUCCUCAACGCCCUCAUCAAGGACUACCUGGAGGUGGUGGCCCAUCUCAAGGAGGUCAGCAGCCAGACCCAGCGGGCGGAUGCCUCGGCCAUCGCACUGGCCCUGCUGCAGUUCCUCAUGGACUACCAGUCCAUCAAGCUCAUCUACUUCCUGCUGGACGUGAUCGCUGUGCUCUCGCGCCUGGCCUACAUCUUCCAGGGCGAGUACCUGCUGGUGUCCCAGGUGGAUGACAAGAUCGAGGAGGCCAUCCAGGAGAUCAGCCGGCUGGCUGACUCCCCUGGAGAAUACCUGCAGGAGUUCGAGGAGAACUUCCGAGAGAGCUUCAAUGGGAUCGCCAUGAAGAAUCUCAGGGUGGCUGAAGCCAAGUUCCAGUCCAUCAGGGAGAAGAUCUGCCAGAAGACCCAGGUCAUCCUGGCUCAGAGGUUCGACUCCCGCAGCCGGAUCUUUGUGAAGGCCUGCCAGGUGUUCGACCUGGCUGCCUGGCCCAGGAGCAGUGAGGAGCUGAUGAGCUUUGGCAAGGAGGAUAUGGUGCAAAUAUUUGAUCACCUCGAGGCCAUCCCGACCUUUUCCCGGGAUGUCUGUAGGGAAGGGCUGGACCCCCGGGGUAGUCUGUUGAUGGAGUGGCGAGAACUCAAGGCAGAUUACUACACCAAAAAUGGCUUCAAAGACCUGAUCAGCCACAUUUGCAAGUACAAACAGAGGUUUCCACUCUUGAACAAGAUCAUCCAGGUUCUUAAAGUCCUCCCCACUUCCACCGCUUGCUGCGAGAAAGGCCGCAAUGCCCUCCAGCGAGUUCGCAAAAACCACCGCUCCCGCCUGACCCUGGAGCAGCUUAGCGACCUGUUGACAAUCGCUGUAAACGGACCGCCAAUCGCCAACUUUGAUGCCAAGCGAGCCCUGGACAGCUGGUUUGAGGAGAAGUCUGGGAAUAGUUAUGCGCUGUCCGCAGAAGUCCUCAGUAGGAUGUCUGCGCUGGAGCAGAAGCCAGCGCUACAGACCGUGGACCACGGGACGGAGUUUUACCCCGACAUUUAGGAAGCUGGCACUGCAGAGUUCACUAAGCUGUUGAAUAUUUUUUUAAUCUAUGCUCAUAAGCUUUGAUAUAUUAUAUAAAUAUAUAUUAUAUUAUA